AUGGCUGCUCCGGCACACCACCAGUCGCCCUCGAUGCCUCUGCAUCAUGCGGUCGGCGCUCCACCUCCGCCUCCGCCUCAGGGCGCAUGGGCACCCUCGCGACAGAUCCUUGCGAUGAACGAGGCUGUCUGGAUGCAAAUAGGCAGCUUAUCCGAGAUCCUGGGCAACGUCGAGGACGCCCUGUUCGCCUAUGAGCAAGCCAUCCGCGCAAGUCCUGGCUCCACCCAGGCCAUGAACUCCAUCAGCGCCAUUCUGAGGACACGCGAGGAUUUCCCAAAGGCCAUAGAAUACCUAAACCAGAUCCUCAAGCUCGACGCAGCCAACGGCGAGGCAUGGGGCAGCCUUGGACACUGCUACCUCAUGAUGGAUGAUCUGCAACAGGCUUAUGCUGCUUACCAAAAUGCUCUGAUUAACCUCCGCAACCCGAAGGUCGGUAAACACCAGACUGCCGGCUUUGUCGACAACCCAUUGACUCCAGUCUCGCAGGAACCGAAGCUUUGGUACGGAAUAGGCAUCUUAUACGACCGCUACGGAUCCCUGGAUCAUGCCGAGGAAGCUUUCUCCCAAGUCAUGCAGAUGGAGCCCGGGUUCGAGAAGGCCAACGAGAUCUAUUUCCGGCUCGGCAUAAUUUACAAGCAGCAGCAGAAGUAUGGCCAGAGUCUUGAGUGCUUCAAGUACAUUGUCAACUCGCCGCCGCCGCCGCUGACCGAAGAGGACAUCUGGUUUCAAAUCGGUCAUGUUCACGAGCAGCAGAAGGACUUUGACAGUGCCAAAAACGCAUAUCAGCGUGUACUGGACCGGGAUCCGAAUCACGCCAAGGUUCUGCAGCAGUUGGGCUGGCUGCAUCACCAACAGAGCAAUAGUUUUGCCAGCCAGGAGAAGGCAAUCGAGUUUUUGGAGAAGUCUGUUGCUGCAGACAACAGCGAUGCUCAGAGCUGGUACCUGCUUGGCCGAUGCUACAUGUCGCAGCAGAAGUAUCCCAAGGCAUAUGAAGCCUAUCAGCAGGCUGUAUAUAGGGACGGCCGCAACCCAACCUUCUGGUGCUCCAUUGGUGUGCUGUACUACCAGAUCAACCAGUACAGGGACGCCCUGGAUGCAUACAGCAGAGCCAUCCGGCUGAACCCGUUCAUCUCUGAGGUCUGGUAUGACCUCGGCACUCUGUAUGAGAGCUGCAACAACCAGAUUAAUGAUGCGCUGGAUGCCUAUCAGAGAGCGGCCGAGCUGGAUCCGUCCAACCCUCACAUCAAGGCCCGGCUGCAGCUUCUCCGCAACGGCCAGACUAACGGCGCCGGUGCGGCUCCCAUGCCAACUGAUGUCCAUCCCCAGGCCUACCAGCACCAGGGAGCCAUCGGACCUCCUGGUCCUCAGUGGUCCAACUCGGGACCUGGUCCCCAGCAGACCCAGCCUCCGCCAGGCCCUCCUCCUGGACCAGCCGGCAACUGGGCGCGGCUUUCGGAAGUGAACCCGCCUCCGCAACCGCCAAAUCCUUAUGAGCAGCGCGGUGAGCCUCUUAGGGGACCAGCCCCGCCAUCUUUUCCUCGUCAGCCUAGCCCUCGCCAAGAGCAGCAAAUGAGACAAUACCAGGAUCCCGCGCGGCAAGGCGGUCCAGCAGGGCCUGGAGGUCCGAUGAUGAGGGCGCGAACACCGCCUCCUCUGCACUACCCUCCACCGCCACCACCUCAGCAGCAGCCCCUGCCACCAACUUCGCAACCACCACCUCGCGUCGCUAAUCCCAACUACAGCGGCCCAUCCCCUGCACCUACUCCGUCUGGACCUCCUCCGCCCACCAAUGGAGUAAAUGGACCUCCCCCGGGACCGACGCCGCUGAUGGCGUAUCGGAACAACAGCCCCAGGCCUGAGUUGCGCCCCAUGCACGACAACCGCAUGCCCUCGCCAAAGUCGGCUUAUCCGCAGCACCAACCGCCGUAUCCUCAGCAGGACCCCUCGGGGCCUAGCCAAAUGGAGUCCGGAGCUCCACCACCUCAGUCUGCUGCAGCCGCUGCUGCGGAGGCCGCGCUUCACCGUAAUGAGCAUGAUAACCGGCCUCAUCGGUCGGUCCCAAGCGCCUGCGCGAGUGGGAGGACGAGACGGCCUCGAAGAAGCCGCGCCCUUCCACGCCGGCUCGAGCUGAGUCUUAUCGCCCUGCCUCCCAUGCAGGGACCACCGCCGCCCCCUCAAAGCCAUGAGCCGGAACGGGCUGCUAGGAAGAUGGACAUUGAUGAGGAGUACGACGACGAUGGGGAGGACGACAAGAAGGCCGUCCAUCCUGCGUCCGGUCCAGGCUCUACGGCAGGUGAUCUGAAGAACAACACGUCGCCCACGGGAUUGAUGCAAAACGGUGGGCCGAAGACAGAGUAG